AUGGCCACCUCAACUUACGAAGCGUCGUACAAGAAAUAUUUUGGCGACAGAUUCGACAACAUCACCAAAAACUCUUCAGAUGAAGAAGUUCGCAAUCUUUAUGAUAAGUGGGCAGCCGAUUAUGAUAAGGUAUCAAUAAUCUCCUUAAGCUACAACCACGAUAAAAACUCUUGGGACAACCUACUCACUUUCCUCACCCCUCCCCCGCCUCCGGUGAAGUAUAAUGUAUCGGGAGGCAUUGCAUAAAAGUUGCUCUUUGCUUUUUUUUGUUUUAUCUCUGGGGCAUGAUUUUGAUGAACACAAAUUGAACUGUACAAUCAUGAUGACUGUUUUUUACAUGAUCCAUUCAGGAAACAUCGAGAGCGGGCUUGAGCUUCAACAAGCCUCUGGCCGAAUGCUUGGACGCCGCUGCAAGGCAAGUCUUUCCUGAAACUCCGAAAGAUCAGCUUAAAAUCCUCGAUGCUGGAGCUGGGACAGGCCUAACAGGAGUUGAGCUUUAUAAACUCGGCUACACGAAUAUCGAAGCUUUGGAUAUCUCACAAGAGAUGCUGAACGUAGCUGAAAAGAAAGGCGUGUACAAAAGAUUUGUUUGCACUCCUCUGACAGAACAAAGGAUUGCAGAGUUCGAGACCGGCGAAUUUGAUGCUCUGAUUUCUGCAGGUGUCCUGGUAAAAGCUCACGUUCGUCCAGCGGCCUUUGUGGAGAUGAUUAGGAUGGUGAAAACUGGUGAGUCUUGUCUAAGUUUCAUUUUGUUUUCGUGGUGAGAGAGAGAGAGAGAGAGAGAGCGUAGCUGGAGUGCCGCUAUAACGGAGCUUAAGCAUUGACGACAGCUACGGUGGCGAAAACGUCUCUUUUAAAACGAAACCGUUUUUCUUCAAAUUUUGCGGCAUUCAGUCCAAUUUGCUGAAAAUGUCGAAUGUAUACAAAUAUCCGAUUUCUUAGGGACUGUACUCAAGUUUAAGUGAAAGACAAUUUCGUCGUGACUUCACAAAACGUGAUUGAUGGCAAAGAAAUUUACAAAUGAAGUGUGCCACACGUGCAAAAUUGAUGUUCUGGAACCGGUUCCUGAGAGGCCGAUUAGCACUAAUCCAGGAUUAUAAAUUUGUUUUGUUUUUGUAUUUUACCUUCCAAUGUAUUUUAUUUGUGUUAUGAUAUCAUUAUGAUAUCCCAGAGUAAAGGCUUAACAGUAUUUUGUAAGCUGAAGUUGUAUUUAUUAGACAAGAAAACCUUGCUUAAAAUUUGGCUUAAUCCUGGGCUAAACUUAACCAUCUUUCGAGGAGCUGUGAGUUAAGAAGUUGUAAAGUUAAGAACAAAUAUACCGCAACGUGACAAUGUACAGCGUUACAUAGUCACUUAGCCUGGUUUAGGUAAUUAUAUUGCAAAAUAUUAUUGACCAACUUUAGUCUCAAGUACUUUAAGUAUCUUGUACGUUAUCACCCCAAUAGACCUCUUAAUUUGUUUUCCCAAUAGAGGUCCCAGGGGAAUUUAACCAUUUGUCUUUUCAUAAUUUAUGCGUCGAUAUGCACGUGAAUGAGACGAAAUUUGAAAGAAACAGUUCCCUAGAGUAUGAUCACAUGACCUGUAUUGGGAAAACAAAACGUACAAGCUUUGCCGCAGCGGGAAGCUCUGUUCACAGGCCUUACUUUUACGCAAGAUCGUGGUCACUUGACAUCCUCAGGGUUUAGCCUAGUCUAACUGUUAUUAAAUCAUUUAUAGGUGGCCUUGUCAGCUUUACACUUCGGUAUAAUGAAGUAGAUGAAUACCAACCAAAGAUGACGGAGCUAGAGGAAGCUGGAAUAUGGGAAAAACUCUGCGGCAAGAAAAUUUCUUAUUUUGAGAAUAAAGACAUGCCCGGUGACGGCGUCGGCUUCGUUUACAAAGUUCUAAAGAAGUGA